ACAGACAGUUUCUUUAGUGGGAAAUCAGUGUGUUGACAGAAAGUUUCAUUUUUUCGACGUUGCCUCAUACGAAUUACGAUAAAAUCUAAAGAAAAAUGUCCCACAGAGGCGAUGGUCAGUGGUCCAUUUUAACCAAUGUGUUGGUUGAUAAACAUUUCGAUGUAGCCGCGUGCAAUUUCACCAACGAGGUGUCGGUGAUAGAAUUAUGCCAAGAUCCAACGUUAUUGGAAUACAUGGACAAAUGGCUGUCCAAACUGAAUCAGAAGCGGCAACGAACAUCGAAAGUGGCUAAUGAAUAUAUUGCCCAAGGCGAUAAAGCUGCCUCUAAUGAAAUGCAGUACGACCUUGCGGCUGAUUACUACACGAAGGCCAUUUUCAGUGCUCCGAAGAACAGUGCUGAAUUGGCAAUAGCUCAUGCAAGCCGGGCUGGCUGUUUAGUUACCAGUGAAAGAUUUUAUGAGGAAGGAUAUUCCGACUGCAAGGCAGCUAUGCUAUUAUACCGGUUUCCGUUAGAAAGGCUGUCGUUACUGUUCGCGAACAAGCUUCAUUUAGCAUAUCUAACCGAGAAGGAGGAAUACAUUGCCGAAACACGGGUGGAAAUGAACCGAUUCCACAUUAAAAUCGACUCAUCGAAAGAUGCGUUUUUCAAGCGGUACGUUGCGCAAGGGAAAAAAUUUGAACGUUCCGACGACCAACGGAAUGUCGAACCAAAGGCACCGAUCCGAAACAAAGAGAUAAUCGAAGACAGAAAUGCAACGGUGGGACGGUUUUUGGUAACGAAAGAAGCGAUUAAACAGGACGAACCAGUCUAUUUCGAAAAGGCGUUCUCGUUCGUCCCCUACUACAAUUACAACGUAACCGAUGAAAUUGCAUACACUUGCCAGCACUGUGGCAAAGUUAAUUGUCUACCGUUCCCUUGCUACGAUUGUGCACGAGCAUCGUAUUGUUCGCCGGCGUGCCGGACCCAUCAUGAACCGAUCCACAAGUAUGAGUGUGUUGGCCAUCAGAAGAAUUUAUGGAGCAAACUGGGCAUUGGCUAUUUGUCAUUUCGAACGUUUUUGGUUGGCUUCAAGGACAUCGUCGGAAUUCUCGAGAAAACCGAAGGGUUAACGGUCGACGAGGUCUGGUCGAUUUUGGCGUUAGAUUGGCACAACAGCUUUUCGUAUGGCAACGUACUGCGAUUGUUAACAGCCAUUGAUAAAGUGGAUGUCAAACUGGUUCUGCGGUUUGCAUUGACCGCACAAAUGUUGACCAUCUAUCUGGCCGACUAUACGAACUUCUUCAAAGACUUGCCGCCCAUCUGCUUAGAAAUAAUGGCAAGUGUUGAUGGCUGGAAGAGAGUGAUCUCGGCACUGCUGCUGAAACACUUACUACAGAUUAAUAUCAACGGUAAUCUGGGAACGCAACUGCAACUGAUGACACCAACGGGGUAUCGAAAGUCAUACGGCUAUGGUUCGUACAACAUUCACCUGGACGAUCUCCAUUUGGUCGUGACACACUCGGUACUCUUUGCGGCUAUUUUUCCCACCCUAUGCAUGGCCAACCAUUCAUGCGAUCCAAACAUCCGGUGCAUCGUCAGCGGAAUGCACAUGACCGCAUAUGCAACUCGGAAUAUCGGUCAAAAUGAAGAGCUGCUCAUCAGCUACGGACCAACCUACCAGACAUCAUCCACCGAUGAGCGACAGAUGCAGUUGAAAACGGACUUUUUCUUCGAAUGUAAAUGCAAUCGUUGCGUGUCGAACGAUGAGACAUGGAUGCAGUACUUCGAGUAUUACUGUACCGACCUGGAGUGCAAUGUGUUCGUUGAAUUGGAUUCGAUCAUCGAUACGCGCUGGUGGUAUUACAUGGAUGAACCGGCAUAUUGUGACGAGAUCGGUGACAGAUUCAUUUGCGCAGAAUGCGGCGACUUGUUGCCCAUUAAUCCGGAAAUGAUGAAAAAAUUCGAACGGGCGGCACUCGGGAAUAUCGAGAAGAGGGGAUACUCGUUCCACAGCACCGACAACUACAUUGUGACCAAAAAUUUGCUGGACUUGUACUUCAAAGCAACAAAAUGUCUGGGAAAGUACCACGAAUUGAAGGCGAGACUGUCGCACAUGGUUCUGGGAUAUUGCAUUUUGGACUCGGAUGUCAAACUCUUUCCCCGCUUGGCCUACGUUACCAUGGAAAGUUUGGUGAAUCGAGAGGAACGCUACGGCACCCUCUCAUUGGAAUUCAUACUGGCGUCGACGUAUGCCUUGAGCAUAUUGAAAAUGGCAUCGAGAAUCGAAAAGACGAAUACACUGCAGCCGAUGGCACGCGACAUUACCAAAAUUCGACGCAUACUGAACUUGUCCCAGAUCGAAAAAUCGAUAUGCAUUUUACCGGAGUCGCUGCAAACAGUUUUCCGUAACAUCAUUCGGGAUAUUAGGCGCGACAUGGGUCCGUCGGCCAUCGGCAAUCAGUUUAAUGUUAGUAGCAGUUAUAAUGGCGGCAACGGGUGCCAGUCGGAAAAAUCGGUUGGGUGAACAGGUCGAAGCAAUUCGUUUUUAGGCUAAAGUUGGAACUGAAUUUGAAACUAUUUUUGUAGAGACACACAGCGGUCGAUUAAUCAAUGUAAUUGUUCGUCUGGAUUUCUGUUUGUUUUGUGUUUGUUCUAGCAGCCAAUUGAUUUUAAAUAA